AAUCGCCAUGCAGGAUCCUGGCAAGGCCACAGGUGGUAGAACAGGGAUUGAAGAAGGCGAGGAUGGGCAGCAGAGACCCCGAGCUUCCGAUAUCCAGGCUAGCUCUCAGAGUUCGGCGGCAGAGGGUGACCAAGACGAGGUCCCUCAUGAGAGUGGACCACAAGAUGCCAGUAACCUGUCUGUUCCAGGCAGGUCCCGCCCAGGGAGCCCUGUAGGGUUAGGUGUGGCAGCCGAAGAGGCAGCUGUCGUUCCCCAAGAUGAGCUACCAACACUUCUCCCUGGACCCAGUGGAGAUGUUGCAACAACUGCAAGUCGACUCCUGGAGUUCACUGUAAGAGUGCCUUUCAGGUCUGCAGUAGAGGCAGGCAUGGCCCGCAGGUCCCUGGUCGCCAAUGCCCAGCGCCAGCUACUGAUGGUUCCACAGGAGUACACUGUGAAUGACAGUACCUUGGUUGUUAGGUGGACAACUGACGACACCAGUCUCUUCCAGAUUUCCAUCAAUAGUUUCCUUGACCAGCUCUCCGUGGUGAUGAGAAAUAUUCGGCACUUCCAGUUUGUGGCUGUUGUCGAACGAGGAAGAGGAAGGAUUCAUCACACCUAAACUUUCUCCCCCUAAAAGACAGGACAAAGUCAUUUUGUGUUUUUGGUAAUUGAUACCUUGCCUUCAAAUUUCAAUGUUUUGAUGCGAUUUCCCCUUUAUCAGUCCAUGCUUGGCUUGUUUCCCUUUUGCUUAAGGAAAGGGUGCUUAAAUGUUUGUUGCUGAACAAAAUAAAACUAACAUAUUGUGGUUUAGAUGUUUUUGGUUAGGUUUUGGUCUGACAUUACUUUUGGCUAUGGCAGAAGCCUCCAGUUUUCUCAUCUGUGUACUUUGGUUGGAAGGAAAGUUCUGAAAUUUAAAAUUUCACACAGUCCGAAGCAGGGAAAGAUAUUUUAGUAAAUGGAAAGAAAAUUGCUUUAUUUAAAGUCAGUUACUUAUUCAGCACACAAUAUGCUUAUCUUUGAAGCAAGAUUUUUUUUGGUUAGAAUAUGAUAAAGAGCUUUGCUAGCAUGCCAGAGUCCCUGAGUUCAAUCCCAAAGUACUAUUUUAAAAAAAAAGGUGUGUGUGUUCUAUAGAACUAAGUAUAUAAAGGCAAUAAAGACAUUUUUAUGUUUGUCCUUUAAUAUUUUUCCUGGAAUAUUUCUCUUAUGGAAUACUAGCUUUUCCAUUUCCUCACACUUUUCAGGAAAAUUUUAUGUUAAAAACAUCCUAUAUACAGAUAGUAAACGUUUAGGCUUAUCCACUUUUUCCUAUAUAAUAAAUAAUUUAGUUCAUGAAGACUUACUUCCUUAAGGUAUAUUAGAAGAGGCAGAUUUCCUGAAUUAAACAUUUAUACAGUCACGUAUUAAAUUUCUCCACGUAUACUACUCGACCAUUUUCUAAUAUGGGCCUUACACUCACCAAAUCUCGGUCUUCAGACUCUCUUUCAUGAUCACUGGGUUGAUCGUUUUCAUACUGAUUUAGUUUGAGAGGACAAGAAAGAAACACCAGAGCAGGAUAUUUGAGGCUCCCAGGCCUUCUUUCAGAUUAGUGUAGGGCAACAUCGAGACAAAUGGUUGUGCUGUGUACAAACAGCCUGCAUGCGAGAAUCUUGCUAAACUCACUCAUUAGUUCUUGUGACUGUUUAUAUAUAUGUAUGUGUGUAUGUAUGUUUGUAUAUUUAAGUAUGUAUAUGUAUGUGUAUU